AUGGCUCUUAUACAAUUUGGAAGUUCAUGCGUUGCUCAAUGGGGGAUUCUUCGUCCUCAGUUUGCAGUAAAAGCUUAUUAUCCAAGCAGAUUGGAAUCUCACCAAGACAAUUCCAUUAGCCAAAUUAAUUGUUUGGGAGCUUUAAGGUCGAGUAUGUUCUCACAUGGUUCAUUGCCAUUCUUGUCAUUGACGGGAAAUUCCCGGAAUACGCAUUCUCGUAGAGGAGCUCGCUUCACUGUUAGAGCUGAUACUGAUUUUUAUUCUGUCCUUGGAGUCUCGAAAACUGCAACCAAAGCUGAGAUUAAAAGUGCUUAUCGGAAGCUUGCUAGGAGUUACCAUCCGGACGUGAACAAGGAUUCUGGAGCAGAAGAUAAAUUCAAAGAAAUAAGUAAUGCAUAUGAGAUCUUAUCAGAUGAUGAGAAAAGAUCUCUGUAUGACAGAUAUGGCGAGGCAGGAGAUUACAGUAAUCCGUUUGAUCUGUUUGAGUCACUAUUCGAAGGAAUGGGUGGGAUGGGAGGAAUGGGUGGUGGAAUGGGUAGUAGAGGCUCAAGGAGCAGAGCUAUUGACGGUGAAGACGAGUAUUACUCGCUAAUCUUGGAUUUUAAAGAAGCUGUUUUUGGAGUCGAGAAAGAGAUAGAGAUAUCCCGGUUAGAGAGCUGUGGGACUUGCAACGGUUCAGGCGCCAAAGCCGGGACCAAACCGACCAAAUGCAAAACAUGUGGCGGGCAAGGACAAGUGGUAGCAUCAACGAGGACACCACUUGGUGUAUUCCAGCAAGUCAUGACUUGUUCCCAGUGUAACGGAACAGGAGAAAUUUCAAAACCGUGUGGCGCUUGCUCGGGAGACGGACGUGUGAGAAGGACGAAACGGAUUAGUCUUAAAGUUCCUGCGGGUGUGGAUUCCGGUAGUAGGUUAAGAGUAAGGGGAGAAGGGAAUGCAGGAAAGAGAGGCGGAUCAUCGGGAGAUCUCUUUGCGGUUAUUGAGGUGAUUCCAGAUCCGGUAUUGAAGCGUGAUGAUACAAAUAUACUUUAUACCUGCAAGAUAUCGUAUGUAGAUGCGAUAUUGGGUACUACUUUGAAGGUUCCAACGGUGGAUGGAGUAGUGGAUUUGAAAGUACCAGCAGGGACACAACCGAGCACGACGCUGGUAAUGGCGAAAAAAGGAGUUCCGGUUUUGAAUAAGAGUAAGAUGAGAGGUGAUCAGUUAGUGAGAGUGCAAGUUGAGAUUCCUAAGAGAUUGAGUAAAGAAGAGAAGAAACUUGUUGAGGAGCUUGCUGAUAUGAGCAAGAACAAGGUAGCUAAUAGCAGAAGAUAA